AUGGAGCAAACAAAGGCCCUCAAUGCUCUCGAGCCUUUUCUCGCCCUCAGCAAGUCGGCCACUUCCCCACGAGCUGCAUCGGACUUGAUUGUGCAAGCCACCAGCGCACCAAACACUUAUGUAUUCGCCGAGCUACUACAGACGCCAAAUAUCCAGAAUCUCCGGACUUCAGAAGAGUAUGGCCCGUAUCUCACCCUGCUCGAGGUCUUUGCCUGGGGCACUUGGGCCGACUACAAGGCACAACCCAAUCUCCCCAAGCUCUCAGCCCAGCAACACCAGAAGCUCUUGCUUCUAUCCUUGCUACCCCUCUCUCACUCCCACACCACCCUUACCUACAAACACCUUAUGACGUCCCUCGAGCUGCCUACACCCCGCGCUCUUGAAGAGCUCAUUACCACCGCCAUCUAUUCUGGCCUCAUCACAGCAACCCUCGACCCCGCUCAUUCCCUCGUCUCCGUCACAUCCAUUUCGCCGUUACGGGAUCUCGCGCCCGGGUCCCUGCCCGCCCUCCAAAACACACUUCAGUCAUGGUCACAGCGAUGCGACUCUGCACUUGCCGAUCUCGAGGCCCAAGCUGCAAAGGUCAAACAAGAGGCAUUGGAUCGGGAAAAGCUACGCAGAAAGAAGGAGCGUGCGUUUGAAGCAGCCAUGCAGGCAACAGAUGAGAAGAACAAUGGCAAGCGGAAUCUCAUGGGCGAUGAUGCCAUGGAGAUUGACGACGAGGGUGGCAGUGGUAGAGUGACUAGGGGCAACAAGCGAGGGUCUGCCGGAUUUGGCUUACACUUGGGACGACGAUAG